CACCUAUGUUAGCUAGUGGGCGUCAUAGUGGGCGUGGCUAAUUUGGCUCAUCAACUUCCGGGAAAACAGCGUGUUCGCCAUGGGACACACCAGCCUGGAUAAGAUCAUUGCACUGCAGAGAAACCCUGCCAACAUUAGAAACCUUUGCAUUCUGGCACAUGUUGACCAUGGCAAAACUACUCUGGCUGACUGCUUGGUGGCAAGUAAUGGUAUCAUAUCAACUCGGCUGGCUGGGAAGCUGAGGUAUCUGGACAGCCGGGAGGAUGAACAGAUCAGAGGAAUCACCAUGAAGUCUAGUGCCAUCUCCCUGCAUUACAGAAAUGGAGAUCAGGACUACCUACUAAAUCUGAUCGACUCUCCUGGUCACAUCGACUUCUCCUCAGAGGUUUCCACUGCUGUCCGCCUGUGUGACGGGGCCAUUAUAGUUGUUGAUGCUGUGGAGGGAGUGUGUCCUCAGACCCAGGCUGUGCUGCGCCAGGCGUGGCUGGAGAACAUCAGGCCUGUCCUGGUCAUCAACAAGAUAGACCGACUCAUCCUGGAGCUGAAGCUCACCUCUCAGGAAGCUUACAGCCACCUGCAGAAGAUCCUGGAACAGGUAAACGCGGUGACAGGCACUUUGUUUACAUCCAAAGUGAUGGAGGAGCGGGCGGAGAAAGAGAAGAAGGAGGAGGAGGUGGAGGAGGAGGAGAAAGAAAGCAAGAUCCUGAGUGGAGAUCAGGUUUAUGACUGGAGUGCCGGACUAGAGGAGGCCGACGACUCCCAACUCUACUUCUCCCCCGACCAGGGGAAUGUGGUGUUUGCCAGCGCCAUCGAUGGUUGGGGCUUUAGCAUCCAGCAGUUUGCCCACAUCUACAGCCAGAAAAUGGGUAUCAAGGCAGAGGUGCUGCUCAAAACCCUGUGGGGAGAUUUCUACCUCAAUGCUAAAGCAAAGAAGAUCAUGAAAGGAGCUCAGGUCAAAGGAAAGAAGCAGCUGUUUGUGCAACUUGUGCUGGAUAACAUUUGGAGUUUAUAUGAUGCCGUUGUCACUAGGAGAGACAAGGAGAAAGUGGAGAAGGUGAUAGCAUCACUCGGGGUGAAGGUGUUGGCCAGGGACUCUCGUCACUCGGACCCCAAAGUUCUUCUUUCUGCCAUCUGCAGCCAGUGGUUACCUCUGGCCCAGGCUGUCCUCUCGAUGGUGUGUGAGAAACUUCCUAGUCCCAUAGACAUGACGGCAGAGAGGGUGGAGAAACUGAUGAGUGUCGGGCCGCGGCGGUUCGACUCACUGCCCGAACAGACGCAAGAGCUGAAGAGAGCAUUCCUCCAGUGUUCCAGUGGGGAAAACGAUCCGCUCAUCAUCUUUGUGUCCAAGAUGUUUGCUGUUGACACCAAGACCUUGCCUCAGAACAGGCAGAGGCCGUUGACCCAGGAGGAGAUAGCCCAGCGCAGGGAGCUGGCUCGGCAGAGACAUGCUGACAGGAUGGCAGCUGAUCAGACAGCAGCAGAGAGCCGCUCACAGGAAGGCCAACCUGCAGGAUGUGACUCAGCUAAGAUGGAGGGUCUGACACUGAAGGACUCCCAGCCGGAGGAGGAGGAUCAGCAGACCUUCGUCGCGUUUGCGCGGGUCUACAGCGGUGUGGCCAAGAAAGGACGGAGAGUAUUUGUGCUGGGACCAAAGUAUGACCCCGCCCAGGGCCUGAGCAUGAUGCCAGAGGGUUCCAGUGCUUGGGACCGUGUGCCUGCCGUGCCCCAUCUGUCCAUCUGUUCCAUGGACAGCCUCUACCUGCUGAUGGGCCGGGAGCUGGAGGAGCUGGAUGAGGUGCCUGUAGGGAAUGUCCUGGGUAUCAGAGGUCUGGAGGAGUGCGUGUUGAAGUCGGCCACACUGUCCACCUCCCCCGCCUGCCCGCCUUUCAUCCCACUCAACUUUGAGGCCACGCCCAUUUUAAGGGUCGCCAUAGAACCCAAACACCCAAGCGAGAUGCCCAAGCUGGUGCGUGGGAUGCGUCUGUUGAACCAGGCGGAUCCCUGUGCUGAGGUCCUGAUCCAGGAAACAGGAGAACACGUUCUGGUCACGGCUGGCGAGGUUCAUCUCCAACGCUGCCUGGACGACCUCAGAAAGCGGUUUGCUAAAAUAGAGAUUAGCGCGUCCAAGCCCAUCAUUCCAUUCAGAGAAACAGUGGUACGUCCCCCAAAAGUGGACAUGGUGAACGAAGACCUUGGGAAGCAGCACAAAGUAGCCAUCAUUCACCAGGUGAAAGAAGAGGCCUCUCAGGGUCGACCGUCUGACACCCUCCAUGUGGACCACAGUGGACUGGUCACCCUCACAACUCCCAACAGACUGGCCACUGUCAGCGUCCGGGCCAUCCCCCUCCCACAGGAGGUGACCUGUCUGUUGGAGAGCAGCACGGAGCUGAUUCGGACUCUGGAGCAGGUGAACAUGUCCCUGAGGGAGGGGAAGAGUCUGGACAUCAGCCCCAGGACCCUGGAGGCCAUCGCUGGACUCAAGGCCCAGCUGGAGAGCCUGCUGCAGGGGAGGAAGUGGAGAAACGCUGUGGAGCAUAUCUGGGCCUUUGGCCCUCGCAGAUAUGGUCCCAACAUCCUGCUGAACCUUGUGGAAGGCUACCAGCGGCCCUCGCUGUGGCAGUGUCUGGGCAGGGGAGACCAAUCUGGCGAGGCCGGAGCUCAGGCCGCAGGUAUGCGAGACUUGGACAACAGCAUCGUCAGCGGCUUCCAGCUGGCAACUCUGUCAGGGCCCAUGUGUGAGGAGCCCCUGAUGGGUGUGUGCUUCUCUGUGGAGAGGUGGGACAUCCAGUCUGCAGCCCUGCCACAGCAUCAGGACUCCUUGAAGGAGGACUCCAUAUCCCAUGGGGCUUUAACAGACAGCAGAGUGGAAGGAAGCAGUGAGACAUGGACAGCAGGGCUGUGCCAGGCCAGGCGCAGGCCGCAGGCAGCCUCUGCAGACUGCUACGGGCCGGUCUCCGGUCAGCUGAUCGCCGCCAUGAAGGAGGCCUGCCGCCACGCCUUCCAGGCUCAGCCCCAGAGGCUCAUGGCUGCCAUAUAUACCUGCGAGAUAAUGGCCACUGCUGAGGUGCUGGGCCGAGUAUAUGGCGUACUGGGGAAGCGAGAGGGUCGUGUCCUCCAUGAAGAGAUGAAGGAAGGGACGGACAUGUUCAUCAUCAAGGCCGUUCUGCCUGUGGCCGAGAGCUUUGGAUUUGCAGACGAGAUCCGCAAGAGGACCAGCGGAUUGGCCAGUCCACAGCUGGUCUUCAGCCACUGGGAGGUGAUCAGCAGCGACCCAUGCUGGGUUCCCACCACAGAAGAAGAAUACCUGCACUUCGGGGAGAAAGCCGACUCUGCAAACCAGGCCCUGAAAUACAUGAACGCUGUCCGCCGCCGCAAAGGCCUCUACGUGGAGGAGAAGAUAGUCGAGCACGCAGAGAAGCAGAGAACACUCGGCAAGAACAAGUAGAGAAGAAAACCUGACAGAAAAAAGCUCCAGCAAGGAGACUGCAGACACUUCCUGUUCACCACGGACCGGGCUCUUCCAUCACAUGACAAAGGGACAGACAGCCAGUCCGAAUGUAGAAGUCUCUCUCAUUUCAUACCUCCAUCACAGUCCUGCUGUUCAUUCAACAGUCAGGGAUGACUUCUUGUGUGACAGAAUACAUUUUUGCGAAAACACAUAUUUGGGAGUCUUGAUUGAUUUGGGUGAAUGAUAAAUAUUAAAGAAUAAAUUCUGUAUCCCAAAGUUAUCUUUUUUAGAAAUCUGAUUGUUUUCCUUAGUUUUUAAGGCUAAUAUAAGAUUGCAUGGGCAGUAAAUACUGACUCACCAAUCAUGUCAAAAUGUAUUAAAAUGUCACUUCAUUAUGUAAUAACACCGCAAUAUGUAAUAAUCUGCCGCAUUUUGUUAUAAAAAACCUGAACCCAAUAUGUAACAAAUGUCUCCGCAUUUUGUAAUAAAGUAUUACAUAAUGCCAAGGGUUGCACUUUUUUACGAAAAUGUAAUAAUAUGGUGCAUUAUGUAACAACCAACCAAAAUGUAUUUUUUUUCUCUACUGGCUUUGAGAGGCAUAUGAAGAAAAACAUCAAAAAGUAAUAAAUAUAGCCUAUUUCACAUCAAAUAUUUGAAUUGCUUGUCUUAUCUUUACUUACAUGCAUUAUGUAUUAUUUAUUACAAAAUGCGGCAGAUUAUUACAUAAUGAAGUACAAGUAUUACAUUUUGACAUUUCAUUACAUAAUGUGGUGGUACAGGCCCCAUUGGAUGGUAAAUGAUCAAGUUCAAUAAACAAUUGUGUUGGAA